AUGUAUUUCAAAUUUCUAUUCAUUACUUUUAUUGUUCAUUCAUCAUGUUUAAAUCUUCUUGAUAUAUGUCAAUCAGGUAUUCGUGAUGAUGGUAUAAAUUAUGUUCAUUGUGCACGAAAAUCAUUAACAGAAAUUCCAUAUUUUUCAUCAAAUCGUUUAUUUAAUUUAGCAUUUGAUGAACUUAUUUUAUCCGAUAAUUUAAUAACACAUAUUCAUGCAAAUGCAUUUUCUGGUUUACGUAUAAAACGUCUUAUUAUGUCUGGCAAUCAUUUAAAAUCAAUCGAUAAAGAUGCAUUUCGUGAAUUAGAAAAUUAUCUUGAAGAAAUUAUUCUAGAAUUUGAUUCAACUAUUGUUGAUAGAAUACCACAAGCAAUUCAAACAAAUCUAGUAAAUAUUAAAAGUUUAACAUUAAUUGGAUUAAAUUUACGUAUAUUACCAUCAAAUGUAUUUAAUCAAAUGAAAAAAUUAGAAAAAUUAUAUUUAAAAUCAUGUAAUAUCCAAACUAUUGAAACAAAUGCAUUUCAAAUAAUUGAAAAUCAAUUACGAUAUUUAUAUCUUGAUAAUAAUAAAUUAAAGAAAAAUAUUUUUAAUGAAAUUAAUCGUUUAAUUUUACUUGAAAAAUUAUCUUUAUCACAUAAUUUUAUCCAAGAAUUUGAUAUUGAAUUAUUAAAUAAAAAUUUAAAAUAUUUAGAUUUAUCAUAUAAUUAUUUAAAAAAAUUAUUAUUAAUCAAUAUGAAUAAUUUACAAAUAUUAAAUUUACAAAAUAAUUUAUUAACAUCAGAACAUAUUCAUGGUUCUAUACCAAAACAAUUAAAAGAAUUAAUAUUAGAUUUCAAUUCUAUACAUACAAUCAAUAAAAAUUUUAUACCGAAACAAAAUUCAUUAGAAAUUUUAUCAUUACAAAGCAAUGAAUUUUUAUUAAAUAAUUCAAAUAUAUUUCAAUAUUUACAUAAACUUAAACAACUAAAUUUAGCAAGAAAUAAUAUUCAAACUAUACCAAAAGGUUUAUUUAAUUAUACUUAUUCACUUGAAAGUUUGAAUAUGGAUCGUAAUCCAUUACUUCCAUUAUCAAUUGAUACAUUUUCUGGUAUAGAAAAUUCUCUAGUUAAUAUAAGUUUUCAAUCAUGUACAUUAACAUCACAAUCUUUAAUUGCUUUUACACGUCUGAAAAAUCUUGAACGUUUAAAACUUCAAUCAAAUUUAUUAACAAAAAUUCUUCCAGAAAAUCUUUUUUCUUCAAUGUUAAAAUUAAUUGUUAUUGAUUUACAACGUAAUCAAAUAACACAAAUUCCAUCCAAAUUCCCAUCAUCAUUACGUGAAUUAGAAUUAGGUAAUAAUCAGUUAACAAAUGUACCAUUUAAUAAUCAAACAUUUCAACAAUUAUCUCAACUUAUUACACUUGAUCUUAGUUCAAAUCCACUACAAUGUGAUUGUCAUAUAAAAUCUUUAUAUUAUUGGUUAUUAACACAUUUUCAAUCUGAACUUGUACCAUAUGUUCAAUGGAUAUGUACAAAACCAAAAAAUCUUUUUGGAAAACAAUUAGGUUCUUUAUUAGAUCAUCAAUUAAUUUGCAAUGAAAAACAAAUAUCAUCAUUUCAUGUAUGGUUAAAAGAUUCUGAAACUGCUGUACUUGAAUGGUCAUUUGUAUCUUUAUCAACACCAUUAAAAUUAAUUGUUAAUGAAAAUAAUGAACAUUUACCAAUACUUAAUUUAAAUAAUACGCAAAAUUAUUUUCUUUUAGAAAAAUUAAAACCCUCAACAAAUUAUACAUUAUGUUUACAAACAUAUGAACAUUAUUUAUGUCGAAAUUUAACAACAAAAACUCAACAUAUAAUUUCAUUAACAUCAGUAACAUCAUCAUCAUCAGUUACGAUUAAUAUUGAAUAUAUAGUUAUUGCAAUAUCAUUUGGUAUUUGUCUUAUCAUAUUAAUUCUUUUUAUCAUAGUUUUAUUUUUGAUAAAACAACGUGUAAAAUAUCCACAUUCAUCUAAAAUAACAACAAUUGAAUCUUAUUAUCAAACAAAUGGAUCUGAUACAACACAAACUGCUAUUUGUAAUAAUUCAAUAGAAGAAAAUUCAAUAAAUAGUCUGAAUUAUCGACAAUCAACACCAAUAUUUUGUUAUUGUCAUUUACCAUCUACGUAUUAUCAUGAUCAACAACCCUAUCAUCUAUAUCAUGAAAUUCCAUAUAAUAAGCCUCCUACUAUUAUUUGA